UAUCGUUAGCUUGGCUGUAGUGGUGCAUGCAUUGCAGGGAGCCUGAACACCUGAGAUGGACAGGUCUUUUCUGCUGGUCUUGUGUCUAGUGACACUGUCUAAUGUACAGCUGGGACAGUCUCAAUGUGAUGUUGUGAGGAUUGCAGCAGCUGUGUAUGAAGUUGUAGGACGAGGUUUGGAGACUAUUGAGAAAGACAUGAAGAAUAUGAAGUCUGACAUGGCAAGCCUCAGUCAAAAGGUUGAUAAUCUCACACAAGAGGUUGAGAAAGUUUAUAGUGGAUUUAGUUCUCUGAAUGAAUCAAUGAGGGAUGAUUUCAGAGGUGUCGAGACUGAGUUAAGCCGUGUUAAUGAAAUCAUCAGUGAUCUAGGUGGACACCUACAGACACACAGCCAGCAGACUACAUCUGCAGUGACUCAGCUUGACACUAGACUGAGUUCUCUGAAUGAAUCAAUGAGGGAUGAUUUCAGAGGUGUUGAGAGAGGGUUAAGUGGCACAGCAAACAUGAUAUGUGACAAGAUUGAAGAAAAUGACAAUCAAAUCACUACUCAACUGAUGAGAAUGAACCAGAGCCUGACAGAACAGAUCGUUAAUAACAGUGUUCGUUACGCAUGUGGAGGUACUGCAAACUGGAGACGUGCAGUCUACCUGGAUAUGACAGACCCCAACACCAACUGUCCCUCUGGCUGGCAGCUCACUGGAUACUCCAAGAGAACUUGUGGCAGAGUUGGUACUGGACAGAGGACUUGUGACUCAGUCUUCUUCCCUGUCAGUGGAGGGCCAUACAGUCAGGUGUGUGGCAGGAUCAGAGCCUACCAGUAUGGAGUACCUGAUACCUUCUUUGGGUAUAAAACAGGUAGACAAACUACAAUUGACAGUGCCUAUGUCAGUGGUGUGGCUGUAAUGCAUGGCAGUCCUCGACAACACAUCUGGACAUUUGCUAAUGGAGCAUGGGGGAAUGAUACAACAUCCCAAGUAUGGAACUGUCCAUGUGAC